GGACUCCGGGCAGCGGCACCCCUGGCAGGACUCCGGGCAGCGGCACACCGGGCAGGACUCCGGGCAGAGGCACAUCGGGCAGGACUCCGGGCAGAGGCACAUCGAGCUGGACUCCGGGCAGGACUCCGGGCAGAGGCACAUCGAGCUGGACACCGGAUCACCAGGCGGAGCGGCGGGCGCCGGGCCCCCGGGCGCGGCGAUGGGCACCGGGCCCCCAGGCAGGGCAGCGGGCGCCGGGCCCCCAGGCCGGGCGCCGGGGCCCCAAGCGGGGUGACGGGCGCUGGGCCCCCAGGCGGGGCGGCGGGCGCCGGGCCCCAGGCGGGGCGGCAGGCGCCGGGCCCCCAGGAGGGGCGGCAGACACCGGGCCCCCAGGCGGAGCGGCGGGCGCCGGGCCCCCAGGCGGGGCGGCAGGCGCCGGGCCCCCAGGAGGGGCGGCAGACACCGGGCCCCCAGGCGGAGCGGCGGGCACCGGGUCAUCAGGCACGACAACGGGCAUCGGGUCACCAGGCAUCAGGUCAUUUGGCUCGACAGCGGGCACCGCGUCAUCUGGCAAGGCAGUGGGCACCGAGUCACCAGGCA